ACGUUCACACUCCCCGCGCACACAGUCCCUAUCUCUCUCACUCUCACCCCCGCCCCCUUUCUCUCUCUCUCUCUAUAAACAAGAUCAACCCUACCCUGCUCUUCAUCUUUUAACGCUUUGACAGUGGGAAAUGAAGGAGUCGGGUCGGUAAUUUAUCCGGUUGGGUGAGGUAUCUAUACGAGUAGACGGAGAAUGAAGAAGGAGACGGGCGUGACAACGGAAGAUGUGACUGGAUCCUCUUCAUUGUCGGGUGACAAUGGUUAUCCUCUAUCGAAUGCUUUUGAGUUUUCUGAAGGGGAAAAGAGCUCUCUUGGGUUUAUGGAGUUGCUGGGUUUCCAAGACUGCAGUCCUCUGCUUCAUUUGCCGGCGCAGCAGCAAGCAUCAACUCUUGAUCCCUCUGCUCUGAAAGAUCUAUCUGAUACAGUCAAAGAGUGUUCCGAGGUCUCCAAUCAACAACCUGCGACCCCCAACUCUUCAUCGAUCUCGUCGGCGUCCAGUGGCGCCAUGACUGUCAAUGACGAACACAAUAGAACUUCAGACCAAGCCGAAGAACGCUCCAAGACCAAGAAACUAUUGAAAGCCAAGAAGACAAAUCAGAAGAGACAGAGAGAGCCGAGAUUCGCGUUCAUGACGAAAAGCGAGGUGGAUCAUUUGGAAGAUGGGUACAGAUGGAGAAAGUACGGUCAAAAAGCUGUGAAAAACAGCCCCUUUCCAAGGAGCUAUUAUCGUUGCACCAGCGCUUCAUGUAAUGUGAAGAAACGAGUGGAGCGAUCUUUCAGCGAUCCAAGCAUUGUAGUAACAACUUAUGAAGGUCAGCACACCCAUCCAAGCCCAGUUAUGCCUCGCUCAAACCUCGCCGGAAUGGAUGCUUCACUACCGGCGGGUGUCUCCGCUGGUUGUGCCGCCUCCUUCGGUUUCCCGAUGCAAGGAAACCUGUUAUCCCAGUAUCAUCAUCCUCAGCAACGACAAGUUCUUCACAAUAAUAAUACAAUAUCAUCCACGGGCUUUCCUAACAAUAGCAAUACUGAUUCAACUUCAAAGAAAGCUGCAUUUGCUUUUGCUCAAGACAUAAGAUUUUGUAAUUCUGGAGCCACUGCAGCUUUUCUAAGAGACCACGGGCUUCUUCAAGAUAUUGUUCCUUCACACAUGUUGAAAGAAGAAUAGAAGAUUGUACUGCUUAUAUAUGUAAUUUCUUUUUGCUGACUCUGGUAGGCAGGAGACUUGUAGAUGAGAAUUCCAUCGCUAGUGAUCCAUCAUAUACUUUGUAAAAUACCCUUUAAUUGCUUUUUGCACAUAUUAUAGCCCAACGAGGGGACUGCCUAGCUUCAAUGGAGUCAGCCCUUCUGGGUCUGCUUCGUUAUAUAUCUUCCAUUACUUCUACUUUGAACACCA